CUAGAAUUGAUGCAUGUAUAUGUCGACAUUGAGAUGUAUUACCUCGAUGAUUAGAAUGAUUUUGUUUAAAUGCAUGCAUAUAUAUGAAGAAUAUAUGGGAAUAGAAUGGGUUAAUUGCCCAUAGUGACGGUAAUGUAAGAAGUACUGUUGUCAGUACUAGAUGAACCAUUGGGGUUGCUCUGAAACAUUAAAGUUUCAAGAAUGAGAGCAUCAAGCCGAACCAGAUCCACACCAAAUAGAAUGGUACCCUUCGUGGUAACCAUAAGAUUGCCACUCAAUCCUCUAAGAAUGACGCUAUGUUUCUCAAUUAAAUUUGAGAAAACUAGGUCAUAUGACACGAAAGUGUUAGAGCAAGUUUAACAUAGUAUUGUGUUAACUUGAUUAAAGAAGUGGAUUUAGCAAUAACAAUCGCUUAGGUGAUGACAGAGGUUAGCCUUAAUGGUAACUCUGGAGAAUGGUUGCUGGAUACUAGCGCCCCAAGACAUGUCUGUGAUAGACGAUCUAAGAUGGAUUCUUUUUUGGGACGUGUGUGUCCUUGUAAAGAAUUAGAAUAUCUAAAGUCACAUUCCCAUAUUAUUCUCGAACGCUUGAGAAAUUUUGUAUCCAAGCAAAAUGACCCAUAAAAUAUGUGGUUAGAGAAUCAGAAUCAAUAGAUCUGAUUUAUGUUGAUAUGGAUAAACUUGAUGGAAAAGACAAUAAAUAAUUUAUUGCUCUUUAGAGUGCUCUGAUUAAUUGUCUAACUAGUUAUUCAAAAUAGUUUGAAAUGCCUAGUUGCAUUAUGAUUGCACUGAUUAUUCGAUAUGUGGCAUGCAUGUGGUAGCGUUAGAGAAUCAGUGACAUGAUAACUAGAAGAGCAUAUGAGUGUGUAAGUUAUUGUAAAACACAUAAGCCUAUGAAACGAAAUACUCAUUAGUUUGUGAAAACCAUUGAUGCCAAUAGAUUUCAUUUAUAUUAAGAAAUAGUUGGGGUGAUAUCCUGCCUACUAUUAGAAAUAAUGGAUAACUAGUGGGGAUGAUGAAUCUGAGUAUGAACUCAGAAGAGACAAAUGAACCAUAAAUCAUGAAAGGAUUUUGGUUAUGAAUUUGUUAUUUACACCCUAAGAAAGAAAGAUCCUACAAGUCGGCUAGAAGUUCGAACUUCCAUAAAGAUGCAGAAUUGUGGGAGAAUCCAUUAUUAACGAAAUGGAAUUAUUGGAGUCUAAUAAGACUUAAAAUCUUGUAGAGUUACCUCUUGGUUGAAAAGCCUUGGGUAAUAUAUCGAUAGCAUCGAACAAGAUUUGGCAUCUUUGAGAAUUACCUCUUGGCAAUGAAGUCAUGGGUAAUAAAUGGAUUCUUAAAAGAAAAGUGAAACUUAUUGGUUUAGUUUAUGAGUAUAAGGAUCGCCUAAUAGCUAAGGCUUUAAGCGAAAAGGAAAAAUUGUAAAUUUUCUUGUUAUCUAUUCACCAUAUGUAGAAUAACAUCCAUGUAUGUUCUGAUUGCUAGUGUUGUGCGUCAGAUGGAUUGUUAAACAUGUUUCUGUGAAUGGUGAUUUAGAUAGGAAAAUCUACAUGGGACAACCUAUAGGGUUGUUAUUCCUGAACAUGCUUAGGGAGUCUAUAGUUAGACAAAUCAUUGUAAGAUUUGAAAUAGACUCUAAGACGAUGGCAUGAAUAAACCGGUUCUCUCUCAUAGAGCUCCGGUUUUCGCACAAAACCGAUGAGCAACAAAUCAAAAUGACUAUUUUAUCAUGGAGGCAACCGACUGAUAGUCUGUUGUGCGAAUAACGAGGCAGUGCCGUGAACGUCUUAAAGAGAGCGACCUAGUCCGCGACUCAGCCAGAUCGAUAACCCUAAAUUUUUUGUUGGGUUUCCAACAGAGCAAGCCGGCGGGAGAGGGUGGCAGGUGCGGGUUUGCUGCUUUUUUCCGGGCUGGAAUUCCGGAUUCGUUAUUUUCCGCUGCUUGCUGAGCUGCAGCAGAGACUUUAACGGUUGAUUAGCUUUGUUCCCAUUCGCCGGCGGGAGAGAAGAGAUUGUGUGAGGGAGAGAGGAGAGGAGACAUCGGAAGAAAGAUGUGCGGUGGACAGAGAGGAGUGGUUUUUAAUCUAUCUACACAAUAAAUAAAAGCCAAAUGAGAAAACUUGAAGCCCCAUUUCAAAUUUUCCACAUCCAGAGUGAAAGUAGGAAGGACAUUUUGGUCUUCACAAUUACUUUUUUUAUUCAUUAAAAAGACACUUAAUAGGAUUCGAACCUUGACCACUUUAAAGAAAAGCAAAGAUCAUAACCAAUCACACUAAGUACAUUUGUUGUAUCUUUUCAAAUUAAAAACAUAUAAUCGCAGAGAGGAAAAAACCCUCCCCCAUUUCAAAUUCCCUGCUCCAGGAGCGUUUGUAGGAAGGGUAGAAUAGGGAGUGUCAAUUUUUUACUUUUUCCUCUGUGGAACGUUCCAACUUACCGCACACAUGCGGAUUUAAACGAGUCCAGGAGUGCCAAUUUUUUUCUUUAAGUCCUUUUAUUUCUCUGUGGUGGUAAAAUAUAUAUGAAAAGGCAAAAACAAUACUCCUUUUUAUUGCUAAAAAGAAAAAAAAUUUAACAAUAAACUAAUGCAUGGAUUCUAAUGGGCUAACCGCUAAUCAUAAAAUAAAAGAGUUGAAUGGGCCUGACCUACACAGGAUUUGCCCAUCAAGUAAAACAAAUGAACAUCAUGGUUUGCCAUUCUAAAACAAGCUAUUUUCUCUAGCAUAAUAUAUAUUAUGCUAUUAUUUUAUAUCUUAGUGACUAAAAUAUAAUGUAUUUUAAAGUUAUUCAAUGAUUCAACCUCGACCAACCCAAUAAGUCCAAUUUUAAUCAUUUCAAAUAUAUAUUUGUAAUCAUUUGAUAUCAUAAUGAUUAAAUUAUAGUCUAUAUUAUAGGGAAUCGUUUGGUAUUUGUUAGUAAAAAAACUAAACAGAAAGAUCUAUUUGGUUAUUUUUAACAUUAAAACGAUCCUAAACAUUUUCAGUUUCUUUUCGAAAUUCUAUAGUUUUAUUCCCGAAUCAGUGAUGUGCAAAUAGCGAAUUGCAAUCAUCUCUUUUCUUUCAUUAUUUUUUAUUUUCAAAUAGAAAGUUUAAAAGUAAAGAAUAAUUAGAGUUUGGUAUGGGUCGAUCAAACAGGCUGAAUUUCUAGUAAGGCUGUCUAUUUGGUCCCGGACUGUUUGGUUUUACCCGAAACCGGACCGUAUAACCCGGACCGGGACCGGACUGGGACCGGAUAGCAAACAAUGCAAUCUCAUAUUCGGGUUUAGAUUUGAGGUAAAAAACCGGAUAAAGACCGGAUAAGAGACCCCAACACCAAAAAUCAAGAUAAAAUUGGGACCGGACCGGGUCAAGACCAGACCGGAUCAAGACCGGACUGUAUCCAAUCCAAUCUUUGGUCCUUAUAUUCCCGAAAAGACCGGACUGGGACCUGAUCAAUAUGGUCCAAUUUAACCGGAUCGGACCGUAUAACCACCGCUAAUUUCAAGUUUUGGCCCGUUUUGAUCAAGUCUAAUUUAUAAUCACAUGGUUCCCUGAUACCCGAUAAAAAUCUCAAUCCAAACCAGUUUGGCAGGUAAGUCGGUGUUUACCACCAUUUUCUUGAGAUACAGGAACGGUGGUUCCUAUCCCAAAUCGUGUUGUUCAUUCUUGAUUUCUUUAGAUUUUAUCAUGGCUUGGCAAAAAACCAGAAAGCCCAAUGAUGACAAGAUGAAAGUUUUAUAAAGCAAAUUAAUCGGCCAACGGGCCGAGUAAAAGCUAGCAAUGAUUGUGAGAUGCUCAUUUCCCAAAAACCGGCGGGAUAGGCGAUUUUUUAUUCGAUUUUCUGGAAUUCGGUUUCUAUAAAACAUACUCCACCUCAUCAUAUUACCCGAAACAAUAUUGUUUCACAAGGUAAAGGUACUUGAUUUUGGUUCAUAAGGCUGAUUUUUGAUUCGAUGCAUCAUUCAUGUCUCUUUCCUACAAAAAUUCAAUAUUUUUAUCACGUAUUUCCCAAAAAAAAAAAACUAUGCAACAAUAAAACUAUACACCCCAUUACAUUAUCAAAUUUCAUACCUCACCUUCCUCCGGCCAAAUGGUCGGUGCCACGCUAGUAAUUUUAAUUUAGAAAGUGUUUGAUUUUAUUACAAUUUCAAAUUUUAUAUUGGACAAAUAUGUACAUUACCUUAUAAUUUUAGGACAACACAUAGUAAUUGUAGGAUGACAUUUAGCAUUUUAGUAGUGACACUGGAUCACCUUUAAAAUAUAACCACUAGAAGGAAAUCGCAUAGAUUCAUACAAAAAUUAAAAAAUUGAGUAAGAUCCUGAAAUUUUGUAUUUAUCACUGCCACAUUGGAUAAUGCUUUUCUCUAAAAUGGUACUUGUAAUUUUUCGCUUCUCAGUAUAACACUUAACACCCUUAAAUCUACACCACUUUAAUAAGAAGUAUAUAAUUAUGAGCGGAAAUUUGACCUAAUGGUUAUACAAUGUAUAAUAUAGACACGUCCCGUAAGUGAAUUGUCAAAAUUAACAAAAAACCGCGUUAAUUUUCAUUAAAAAAGUAACGAUCAUAACUGGAUCCUUCUAAAACCCUCAAUUCUAUUGUUUGUUGUAACUAUUACUAAUUGGAGUUUUAGAGGCUAAUUUUUUGUUUUGUUGGGUUAAAACAAGAAAACAGAUUCAUGAUUAAGGGUUAGAGCGCCCCCUGCGCUCUCACCAAAAAAAAAAACAAGAAAACAGAUUCUACUAAAAUAAAAAUUAAAACAAAACAAAACAACCAAAAAACAUAAUAAAUGUUCGUGGAAUUUGGGUAAACAAAGGAAGCAGCGAGGAAAAAGGAGGACAAGGGGAUAAAAUUUUGAGAGGAAAUGGCAAGCGACAGAACCAUAGCAGCAAUAAUCAUAGUAUUGCUAAUGGUUGCCGCGACGGCGACUCAAUCAUCGGCCGCCAGUGAAGGCGGUUCUGUAGGCUGCCGCAUACCUUGCGAAGAAGAUUGCAACAAGAAACAUGAUUACAAGAACCGGGAAUAUUGUCAAAUGACUUGCGCAACCACCUGUUACAACAAACCUAUUAUAGAUUUCAUGGUGAAAUUAUUUGCGUCGAACACCAAGUGAUAAGAAGAGAAGAGGAACCAUUAAUCUCUUUUAUGAAUUGUUAUUUUUUGUUACCAUUAUUGGUGGAAACAUAAGAGGAUAUACAGAAUUGGUGCAUCGUGAUACAUCUUGUAUGUUCAUGUUGUAUUUGUAUCAUUUCCUCUUCUCAUAAAAAUGUAAAACGGUUCCCAGGAAUUGGUUCAUACAAUGAAUAAUGGAAAUGUUAUACAAAUGCGCAAAUGUAGCUAACUAACAACUUGAAUAGAAGUAUGAGACCUGCUACUUUACAAUAGUAUAGACCAAUAGAAUCACAAUACAACAACAAUUGGCUACAAAAAACCUUCACAUCACAAAGUUAACACUAGGGUUUCCUUCUUAUCUUUGGAACCCUAAUACCCUUUGGAGACUUCAACUAUCAUGCUCUAUUGUCCUUUAGACCCUUGAUAACUAGUCUCCUCAUAAAGCUUGGAAUUAAUGGCUCAUCCUUAAUUUCGAACUUUCACUCCCAUUCUGUUUCUCACUGCGAACGAUGUCCUCCAAGAUUUGGAGCUUGUGAUUGAGAGGGAGAAUGGUUCUCCUGAAUAAGAUGAUACUGAAGUAGUUUGGCUAAGCAGCAACAGUGUGUAAGAAGAUCACAGUGAGCUAGCCUCUCUUGCAAACAUGAGCGAUCCACAUUCACCACAUUUCAGUGAGCCAAUCUCUCUUGGUGGCAUGAGUGAUCCAUCUCAUAAACUCGUGAGCCUUAGCAACAUGUCAAGUCCAACGUACAAGUCCAGAAGACCGAUCCAUAACCAAUCAUAUUUUAUUUAUAAGAUUAUUUGCGUGCAACACAUGUUCUAUAGUUAUAUGUUAUUUCAUGAGAAUAUCUUGCCUUGUGUCUCAAGUCCAUCUACUUCCACUGAAUCACCACCAUAAUUUGAGUCCAUUCUCUUUCCUUCAGCUUACCCUGAACUUUCUUCUUCACCUGAAGUCCCAAUACAGUAUGUUCCUCCUAACCUUCUUCCAGUCCUCCUUCUUCUCCCACGCCACAACCUACUCCCACACCUAAUUUUGGAACCCUUCUCCAAUGUAUGUACAUCCAAACAACCCCUCAUCAGCCCUUUCUAUUGUUGUUAGAAAACCUCCCGAAAACCCACACGAUCACACCCUCCUAUAAAGUAUAGUGAUUAUGUUAUGUAUUUGGAAUCUAAAAUUUACAAGUUUAGGUAUCCUCUGGUUCCUUUUUUUCUAUGACAAUUUGUCACCGGUUUAUAGAAAGUAUGUAAUGUAUCUUGAAUUUAUCCAAGAGCCUAGAACUUGUGAAGAUGCAGUAGAAUGAAGCAAAAACUUAAGGCUCUUAUUGCUAAUCAAACUUGGGAUAUAAUUCCUAAAUCUCCAUUCAAAUGAACCAUAGGCAACGAAUGGGUGUACAAGAUCAAACUCAAUCCAGAUGGAAGCAUAAAAUGCCACAAAGCAAAGCUAGUGGCUAUGGGGUUCACUCAAAUCUAUAGUGUCGAUUUUCUGGAUACCUAUUUCCAUUUGCCAAAUAGAACUGCGUUAAAACACUACUUAUUGUGGAAAUCACUAAAAAUUGGCACUUAUUCCAACUUAAUGUGAGCAAUGCUUUUCUUAUCAGAGAUAUCCUUGAAGAAGAGUACACAUAUUUUCCUCUUGAAAUUUCUCAACCAAGCAUGGUGUGCCUGACUCAAAAAGUCUCCUUAUGAUUUAAAGCAAGCCUCUCAAAAGUGGUUCUCCAAACUUACUACAACACUUCUGAGCACAUAAACAAUCUCAUAGUGACUACUCAAUAUUUGUUCAUCAUAGCAGUUUUUGCAGCUCUCUUCUUCCAAUACAUGUAGAUGAUAUAAUCCUUGAUGGUGAUGAUCUUCUUGCCAUUGAAGCUCUCAAACUACUUCUCAGUUCGCUGUUCAAAAUGGAAUUGGAAUUAUCAAAAAAAUUUAACUAAUUUUG